ACUAUUAUUUUCAUCCUUCACUACUAAAUAUCACAUUUCAAUUGAGCUUGAGUUGAGUACAAUGGAUUCCAAAAUAGCAAUUCUCAUCCUUGGCCUAAUGGCCAUUGUUCUUCUAAUUUCCUCAGAGGUGUCAGCUAGGGACUUAACCGAGACUUCAACUAAUACCAAAGAUGACGUUGUUGAAAAGUCAGAUGAAUUAAAUGAUGCCAAAUAUUACGGUGGAGGUUACAACCAUGGUGGCGGCGGAGGUUACAACGGUGGUGGAGGAGGCUACAACCAUGGUGGUGGUGGCUACAAUGGUGGUGGAGGAGGAUACAACCAUGGAGGUGGUGGUUACAAUGGUGGCGGAGGAGGAUACAACCAUGGAGGCGGUGGUUACAACGGUGGCGGUGGAGGAUACAACCAUGGUGGCGGAGGAGGAUACAACCAUGGAGGCGGUGGUUACAAUGGUGGUGGAGGAGGCUACAACCAUGGAGGUGGUGGUUAUCGUGGUGGAGGUGGACAUGGUGGUAGUUUCAACAAUGGUAACUGAUUAUAUCAUCAUGCAUGCAUGUGUUAAGUGUAAUAAAUAAUGUUGGGUUUUCAACAAAAGAGUAAAGAUAAAUCACUAUGUAUAUGUGAAGAUGAGUUUGAUUUCGAGUAAAAGUGGUGAAUGUGUUAUCAUGUGUAAUAUAUCAAAUAUCAUCGUUGUU